AUAAACUCGACCAUAUUGAUCAGGCCUUGCUCGUUUACUUUUUCAAAAGACUUGCAGUCUCUUUCUUCGUAUUAACUUCACUGUCCAACAUGACCUCACUCCCUCUCACAGCCCAUCGCCCCAUCGGCAAAUGGCUCCCCGAGCAACGCUCAGCGAUCCAGGACUGGAUCGCCUCCAAGCUCAAGCAAGCCAAAAAGAGGAACUAUGCUGCUCUUGACCCCAACCCCAAGAUCGAUGCUUUUCAGGAUCUCGUCAAUAACACCCCCUACCUCAAGACUCUUGCCAACGACAUGUUCACCCAAUCUUCCAAGUACUAUGACCCCACUGGUGAACCAGCCCUCAAGACCUUUGAUGAAUUCAUCGCUGUCGUCAGGCUCAUUAUCCAAUCUGCCCCUCCCUUCUUUGAUAAGCAAGACCCUCCUACUGCCAUGGGGAUGAUUGGGUUUCCUAUUAAUGCUGUGCUUGAUUGGCCCAUGGGAACUAUUGCUGGCUACGAGUUCUGGCUUCUCCCUGAGGUCAACGCCUCGUUCAAGGGUAUUCUUGACACUUGGGGUUCGUUCUUGGAGUCUUCUGGCUCCCAGUCCGGUCUAGAGGGUUGGUUAUCCCAGGAUGCCCUCCAUAUGCUUGCCACUGUAGCCAACACUGGUGAACUUUGCGGCCCAACAUUUGAUGAGAUCUUCAUUUGCGAUCCAUCCGCAAAAUACUAUGGCUACAAGUCGUGGGACGAUUUCUUCACGCGAGAGUUCAGAGAGGGCAUGCGCCCGAUCGCCUGUCCAGACGACGCCCCUCCAACCCCAGAAUAUCCUGAUCCAACCCUCGUCAUCACCAAUGCAUGCGAAUCCGCUCCCCUCCAAGUCGCCGAGCACGUCAAGCUCCACGAUCAAUUCUGGCUCAAGUCCCAGCCCUACUCCCUCGACAGAAUGCUCAACUCCAACCCCAACACCAGCAAACUCGUCGACGGCACCGUUUACCAAGCCUUCCUCAGUGCAAAGAGCUAUCAUCGCUGGCACGCGCCCGUCAGUGGUAAAGUCGUCGACAUUGAGCUCGUUCCCGGGUCGUACUACAGUGAGAACUACUUUGAGGGCCUGGCGGGUAAUCCAGAUGAUCCUGAUCCCGCGGCGCCGAACUACUCGCAGCCUUAUAUCAGCGCUGUAGCUACGCGGGGCAUUAUCUGGAUUCAGGCUGAUAACCCUAAGAUUGGGCUCAUGGCUAUUGUGUUUAUCGGCAUGGCUGAAGUGUCAGGCUGUGAGUUUAUUGUUGAGAAGGACGCUCAUAUUACAAAGGGACAGCAGAUCGGCAUGUUUCACUUUGGUGGAAGUUCGCACUGCAUGAUCUUCCAGCCGGGUGUUAAGCUGUUGUGGAAGCGUCCGCCUCCUUAUGAUAUGGAUACGGAGAAUAACAGCCGCGUGAACAGUCUGCUGGCUGUUGUCGGUAACUAGAGGUAUUUGGCAGUGGCUCUUGUUUAUAUCGAUAGGCCUAUCUCGGGUGAAAUCACAGAGGCUAUGAACUUAGUUUCGCGUUCCCGAAAGUGAGACUCGCAGAGUCGUUAUCAAUGAUUGACUAGUGAUGGCGGCGAGUUUUGGCAGACACAGCAUGGUUGGAGAGUGCACGGGAAGGAAAUGAAGAAGGCCACGAAAUCUCUAGUCUAGGACAGAAAUACAAGACUGUAAUGUGUCUGAUACUUUGCCGACGCUUCACCCUGAUAGAGUGAGGGUCAUAUCCAUGACCAUCUUUCCUUCAAUGAUCCAAACUUUCGCGGCCAUGAUACUCCCCAUACAAUAUCGCGAUCGGGACCAGUA